AUGGUCAUUAAUGCUUAUGCAGAAAAGCGUAAGGCUAAAGAAAACGGUGAUUACACUUCAUCUGAUGUUAUUGAAACGCCUGGAUCCAAUCUUAAUAAUCUUGAUGGUCAAUGUCUUAACGUUGGCCAAACAAAAUUUUGUGUUGUUCAGGGUAUUUUUAAUGGGCUUCCUGGUGGUCUUCCAGGAGAUGAAUGUGGUGGAAUCAUAGGAACUACUACCCCUGCUAAUACUACUGUAGGCACAUGUCCUAGUUAUGAUGCAAUAGGAAACGCUUUGCUUAAGUCAACAACUGCCCCUACUUUUAAUAAUGGUUGCUGGACAUGUACUGGUUCUAAUGGAUUAACCAUUAUUGAUCUUACUCAAGCAAUCGGGGGAUGUACGUUGCAAUUACUUUUGCCCAGCAAACCUGUUUAA